AUGGUUGGGUUCUUAAGCUCCAUCAUCAGGCAUCCAAGUGACGAAGCUUGAGAUUCAUGGAAGACUUGGUCUGAUCUGUCAUGCAAUUCUUGAGACCCAGCCGUAUAACGGGGAUUGGACUACUGGAAACCAGUAUCACAUGUUUGAUUUUUGCAAGAAAAGCAUAGAGUGUGUGAGGGAGUUUCUGAUUCAAUAUUGCGAAGAGCGUAAACAAGGUGGUUAUACCAUGCUGCAAGAUCCACUUUUGGUAUUCUAUGAAGCCUUGUGUGUGGGAUUGAAUGGGGAGGAUGACGAUCUGGACAUUGAUGAUUUCCUUCAACCAUCUGCGGCAGAUUUAGGAGGUGCACACCAAAUGAACCAACAACCAGCAGGGGGGCCUGGGAGAGCAGAAGUGAGACUUCCUAAGAGCUCUCUUGCAAUGCAGUGCAGAGGGAAAGAACAGGGAAGUUGACAGUGAAAGACUUGAUAGGCUACUUCCAUAUUCCUAUAGAAGAGGCAGCAAAGAAACUGAAUGUCUGCCCCACCGUCAUGAAGAAGAUCUGUCGCAAAUAUGGCUUAUCACGCUGGCCAUACAGAAAGAUAAGAAGUAUUGAGAGGCAAAUAUCAGAAAGAAGAGCAAGUUUGAGUGCGAGGGAUGCAGAAGAACGGGCACGUGCUCAAGCUGAUAUAGAGAGCCUUCAACAAACACUUGCCAGUUUCUUUUCUGCAUUCACUGAUUGAAUUGAACAUAUGUAUGUGUACAUAUCAUACUUGGAAAUUAAUUGAUAAAUGUAG